GCGUACCGCUUCCUGGCCAUCAAUAAGAAGCUGGGGCUGAGUGGGCGUCCAGAAAGGCCAGUGGGCUGCAUGGGGACUUGCAAGAUUUAUCGUAUCCUGGGGAAGACUGUGGUGUGCUACCCUAUCGUCUUUGAUCUCAGUGACUUCUACUUAUCCCAGGACGUCAUGCUGCUGAUUGAUGACAUCAAGAAUGCACUGCAGUUCAUCAAGCAUAGCUGGAAAAUGAAAGGUCGCCCACUCUUCCUGGUCCUCAUCAGAGAGGACAACAUCAAGGGGAGCCGUUUCAACCCAGUCCUGGACAUGUUGGCAUCGUUCAAGAAGGGGAGCAUCGGUGGGGUCAAAGUUCACGUGGACAGACUUCAGACCCUGAUAUCAGGAGCUAUUGUGGAGCAGUUGGACUUCCUUCGUGUCAAUGAAGCAGAAAUCCCAGAGUUCAAGAACUUUCAGGAGCUGGAGAUGCCCAAGCACUCCAAGGUGAAGAGGCAGAUGAGCACGCCCAAUGCCUCAGACCUGGAGCAGCAGCCUGAGAUCGACAUCGAGGAGUGGAAACACAAAUCCACCAACGAGAUCAUGCAGAAGUUCAACGACUCUGACUGCCUGGCCAGUCAAGCACAGCUUGCCAGUAUUCUCAUGAAGAAAGAGGGUCCUGACUUCUUUGCCAAGGAUGAGACCCUAAUGGAAGACAUGGAGAGACUUUACAGAAGAGCUGGGACCAGGAAGCUUUGGCUGGCGGUGCGUUACGCUGCGGCCGUUAUCAUGAAGUUUGCCAGUUCUAUAGCCCCUCAUAUCACCACACUGGUGGUCCAUGGCAAGCAGGUAACGCUGGGACUGUUUGGGCAUGAGGAGGAGGUGAUCUCCAACCCCCUCUCACCUGGGGUUAUCAAGGGCAUCCUCUACAGCAAGUGCUACGGGGAGAGGGAGGCCGUGCUGCAGCAGGAGCUGGUCAUCCACAUCGGCUGGAUCAUCUCCAACACCCCCGAGCUGUUCAGCGGCAUGCUCAAGAUCCGCGUCGGAUGGAUCGUCCAGGCCAUGAAGCAUGAGUUGGAGAUCCGAGCAGGUGACAUGCCACCCCAGGACAUUUACCAGAUGUCCCCCAGCGAUGUUAAACAGCUGCUGCUGGACGUCCUUCAGCCACAACAGCAUGGCAGGUCCUGGAUCAACAGGCGUCAAAUCGAUGGUUCCCUCAACAGGACACCCCAUGGCUUCUAUGACCGAGUGUGGCAAAUUUUGGAGAGAACUUGUAAUGGCAUCGUAGUGGCAGGGAUCCAUCUACCACAGCAACCUACUCUGUCUGACAUGACCAUGUAUGAGAUGAACUUUUCUCUGCUGGUGGAAGACACACUGAAGGACAUAGUGCUGCCUGAGUACAGGCAGAUAGUAGUAGAGCUGCUGAUGGUGGUGUCCAUAGUGUUGGAGAGAAACCCGGAGCUGGAGUUCUUGGAGAAGGUGGACCUGGACGUUCUGGUGAAGGAGGCCUUCCAUGACUUCCAGAAGGACAGGAGUCAGGAGGGGAUGAAGAAACAGGAUGAUAUGGAGGAGUUCUAUAAGACACCACCGAUGGGCAGGAGAGGCACCUCCAGUUACCUGACCAAGGCUGUGAUGAUUCAACUGCUUCAGGGAGACGUGAAGCCCUCCAAGGAUGACCCCUGCUCGGUCAGCUAAACUAAAUCCAUUCAGCAGAGUAGAGGAAUCCACCGCUACUUUACUUUGUCGAAUCACUAACAACAUGCUAAAUUAGUCAGCAGCACUGACUGUUGUUCCACCAGCAAUACCCUCCUUGUUCUGUUAGCUUCAAGAUAUUAGGACAGGAUGUAUCAGAUCCUAUUAACACUGUUACUACUGUUACCAACAUUGCAAAAAACAAACGGACUCCUGUUACCCCCUGAAAUCCUUGCAUGUAGACUUUUCUGUAUAGCAUUAGCAUUGUGGGGCAGCCCACAUUGUUGAUUGUAUUAAUCAAUAGCAUGAUAUGCAAAACUAAAGUUGCAUCCCAGUGCACACUUUUUGUCUAAGUCUUAGGAAGUCCAGGUCUUUCUGAAACCCUGAUCGCUGUAUUUUUGUGAAUGUGGUCAAUAUACAGUAAUUUAAGUUCCUUCACUCUAUUAAAAUUAUGGAUUAAUUAAGUUGUUUAUGUUGAUGUGUUUACACGUGGUUUGAGUGUGCCUAUCCAGUUUAGUGAAUCAGAAUUUAACUUUUUCAAUGUGUGUGAUGUUUACCAAUGUGUUCCGUCACUCUAUCAAGGGUAUUUUGUAAGCUCAAUACUAGUUUCAGAGUGGUGUGAAGUCAGGAAACUCACUGUUCUUCACACUUCACACGGUCUAUUUUUAACCACAUACCACAUAAAGUAUUCAUAACCUUUGA